AUGGCUUGUAGAUCAGCACUCAGACCUUUAACAAGGUCCGCUAGAUCUCAAUUCGCUUCGAGAUGUUUUUCCACUUCGAGUUCGAUACGUCAAGCAGAUUCAUCCUCGACACAAACAUCGUCUGCGGGUGCAUCGAAUAGUGAUAAUGGACGAACCACACAUUUUGGAUUUCAAACUGUGCCGGAGGCGGAGAAGGAAGCUAGAGUCGCGGGAGUCUUCAGUAAUGUGGCAGCCUCGUACGAUACCAUGAAUGACUUUAUGUCAUUGGGGAUUCACAGAUUAUGGAAAGACCACUUCGUGCGCUCCAUUAACCCCGGUUUCACCCCUCCUACCUCCUCUACCUCCUCCCCUCCCCGAGGCUGGAAAAUGCUCGACAUAGCCGGCGGCACCGGCGACAUCGCCUUCCGCCUCCUCGACCACGCAACCAACAUCAACAAAUCCCCCUCCUCCAGCAUAACCAUAUCCGACAUCAACCCUGAGAUGCUAGCCGAAGGGCGCAAACGCUCUCUCCAAACCUCCUAUGCCCAUUCACCGCGUCUCAAUUUCCUGCUCGCAAACGCCGAGUCUCUGCCCAUGGUACCCUCCAAUUCUCUAGAUCUCUACACCGUCGCCUUCGGAAUCCGUAAUUUCACAAAUAAAGCCGCGGCGUUGCGGGAAGCGCACCGUGUAUUGAAACCCGGUGGACUUUUCGCCUGUUUAGAAUUCUCGGAUGUGACCAAUCCGUUGUUUAAUGCCAUUUAUAAACAAUGGAGUUUCUCGGCGAUACCAUUGAUUGGCCAAUUGGUGGCGGGAGAUAGAGAUAGUUAUCAGUACUUGGUAGAGAGUAUUGAGAAGUUCCCCAAACAGGAGGAAUUCAGGGAUAUGAUCAAGGAAGCCGGAUUUGUGGUUCCUGGAAAAGGAUGGGAGGACUUGACAGGUGGAAUUGCAGCAAUCCAUAAGGGCAUUAAACCUCUAGAGAAGUAG